GGAAUGCGAAAGCGCGUUCCUUCUCUCAUGGAUCUCUCCCACUUGCGCCGGCCCACGGCCUUUGUUCCUUCAACACCUUCAUUCUCAAGUUUCCCGGCUCUUCUGCGUAUCGCGAUCGAAUCACAAGCUUCAAAAGAUCUUGCUUAAUAUCUUGACUCUUCCAUUUACCCUUCCACACAAGUCUACUAUGGCUCGGAAAUCUGGCGUGUCUCGCAAGUCGCGCGCCAGCGACAUUCAAGCUGGCGACCCUGUUCCCGUACGUGCAAAGCGACGAUAUCGCCCCGGCACAGUUGCCCUUCGAGAAAUUCGCCUCUACCAAGGUCACACCAAGUUGUUGAUGCUCAAGCUGCCUUUUGCGCGCCUUGUCCGAGAAAUCGCAUUGACAGUGCGACCAAGGGGAGAGGGGAUGCGGUGGCAGAGCCAGGCCAUCCAAGCGUUGCAAGAAGCUGCGGAGGCCUUCAUGGUUCACCUGUUCGAAGACACAAACCUCUGCGCCAUUCACGCCAAGAGAGUUACCAUCAUGCAAAAGGACAUCCAACUAGCGAGGCGGAUACGUGGUGUUUGGGGAGGACUUGGUUGACGACGGAAUGUGUGAUGCAAAAAACAGGAACGGGCUUGGCAUUUCGGUUGGUAUUUCGGAUGACAUUUCGAUUGGCAUUACAUUUGGCGUUUUAAGGCUAUAUACCUUGGUGCAGCUUGGUGUGGGUUUAUUGGGGAUGCUCCUGGCCCCAACAUUACCAGGAGCGGUACUGUCCAUCAGUGCUAUACAUAAUACAAAGAAAGCAACGAGCUUGAUACCUCUGAUGUAAAUGCGAGCUAGCGUGCGACAAAGAAGUGAGGUGCUAUUCAGACGUCAGCGACACCUCACUGAUAUCCAUUACAAG